AUGCCUUACUGUAGCUAUGUAUUUUCUAUAGGAAUAUAUUACGGAUAUCAAAAACCUCAAGACAGUAAUGAUUUUCUCUAUGAUUUAAUUUCUGAAGCCCCAGAAUUAACCACUAAUGGCAUUACUAUUAACAACAAGAUAAAAAAGGUAACUCUUGAAGUUAUGUGCUGUGAUGUACCGGCAAAAAGCUUUUUAUUACUUGUAAAAGGACACUCAGGAUUUUUUUCAUGUACUAGAUGUACACAUGAAGGUGAAUAUAUUAACCACAGAGUUUGCUUUCCAUAUAAUGCCAUUGCUCAUAAAAAAAGAAGUCAUGAUGAUUAUGUGUCAAUGAAUAAUGAAGAGCACCAUAUUUCACCUAUAAUAUCAUCUAUUGUGUUAAUACCCAAUAUAAAUGUAACAGACUUAUUUUCGCUUGACUACAUGCACUUAGCUUGUUUAGGAGUCAUGAAAAAAUUAAUCAAUCUUUGGAUGAAAAUGGUCCGCCAAAUGUACGUCUAUCAAGUUUGA